ACUUCUUUUUUGUGAGCAGUAACUGUCAUGCGCAGUGACGCUGCCCCGCUGGAGGAGCCUGACAAAUGUUAGUGAUGUUAGGGAAAUACAUCAUCUUAAACACCUAACCAUCAGUUCUACAUCAUCUGUCAACCCGACACACCGCCAGACGUAAACGUGACCCCUGGUUCCUAUCAAAAACACUGAAGAAAUCAGAGUCAGCAAUGCAGUUUGGACUGCCACCUGCAGAGACAGUGCAAGGAAGACUCUUAAAAGCUUUCUUUGUGACAGUUUUUCUGAGUGUGUUGAUGCUCCCACUGCUGAGGACUGUUGGACUACGAGCAUUCUCCAUGGCGAGCGAAGCUUAUUCCUCUGGCACUCACUCUGCAGCCUUUGUCACCUGCCCCAAUGACACAGUGGCCAAAGACCUGGCCAGAGGUAUUGUGGAGAAGAAGCUGGCAGCCUGUGUCAACAUCGUGCCCAAAAUUACAUCAAUAUAUGAAUGGCAAGGAAAGAUUGAAGAAGACAGUGAGGUAUUGCUGAUGAUUAAGACAAGAAGUACAAAGAUCCCUGCUCUUGCUGAAUAUGUUAGGUCCAAUCAUCCGUAUGAAGUGGCCGAAGUCAUCAGUUUGCCUAUUGACCAGGGAAACCCUCCCUACCUGAAGUGGAUUGGAGAUAUUGUGCCGGAAUGAAUGGACAAAAUCACGGCUGAACCUCAGCUCUCCACAAUUCUAUUGGCAAGAUUUCAGGACUGCAGCUGGUGAUUUUUCCUCAGUUGUUUAAAUGCAGUAGGUGAAAUGUCAUGUUAUCUAUGUGCGUGUUUAGAGAGUUUAUACAAAAAGGCAGUAAAUUGUGCAAAGCACCAGGUACAGUGUUAGUACUGUUUUGUGCUUUAAAAUGAACACUAACAUGUUCAGUUGUCUAGAAUUGAAAAUUUACUUCGUCAUCUCCAAAGUAAAAGCAAUUCAACCUUAAAUCAUCGGCUUCUGAUUUUCCCCCAAAAGCUGCGGUUUACUUCUAUGAACAAAUUACAAAGAUGAGUGUACAAGUUUCACCUUCAUUAUAGAAAUGGUUCUCUCACAGUUGUCCUCUUUCCCCAGAUGUCAAUCUGCCUAAUAGUGCUAUCAAACACUAGAAGUCAAUACUCACCCAAAUCUUUUUUUGUACAUACAUCCCCAGACCUUCUCUCAACUUAUGCAAACUGCAUUCAGGUCUUCACUGUGAUCAUCUAGACUUGUCGUGGUGGUUUAGAGCACAGCAUGACUUUGAACUAUACAAAUGAACAAAACCUCACCAUACUUUACCAUAUAUAUUGACAAUAUUUGGGUGAUUAUUGAAGUCUCAUGUUUGCUAGCAGUGUUAGCCUUGUAGCUCCAGCGCUAAACUAAAGAGUUUGGGCAAAAUUGGGACACCAAACAUAUCGUGGUUGGCCAAAUACAUCUUGCUUUGUUUUAUUCUUUUUCUGUAUGUUGUUUAAUGCCAAAAAAGAUAUUAGCCUUUAUGUGACAAAGCAUUUCUUAUCUUCAAGCCAGAAUGAAUCUUCAUAUUAUGAUGGUGAUACACUUAUACAUAAUACAUUGCUAACAUGUAAUACAGAUAUUGAAAUGCUCAGUUUUAGUAAUUAUCAGUUAAAAAUGGAACCUAUAUUUACUGUGGUUUAGUUUAUUAUUAUUUUGCAAAAAUGGUACAACCACUGGGGAUUUUUGAAAAUGUGAAUUGCAUUUAAGUAACAGAGGAAAUGUUGUAACAGUCUGAGCUAAAACCCUUGAAUUAUGGCUUUGUAAUACCUAAUUUCAUUUCUGGGAUUGCACUCUGAAUAAAACUGGUUCUUUCCUACCUACUGUGAAUACAAA